AUGGGAAAUUAUUGUGUAAUUUUUUUCUUGCACAGUGGAUUUGGGCACCCGAGGGCUGGUUGCAUCGCUGGGGUGUGCAGGAUUUUGCAGCAGGUAUUGCCAUUCAUGUUACUGCUGGGGUUUUCAUCCUUGGUGUGUGCCAGUAUUCUAGGACUUCGUCGAGAUUUUCACAUUCAUCGGGGUGAAUCGCCUUACGUUUCUCUUCCCCUUACUUGCAUUGGGGCCACUAUGUUAUGGACUGGAUGGUUUGGGUUUAACGGAGGAAGUGCUCUUCAGGCUGGAACAGGAGCGGUUUGUGCCGUGAUUAAUUUGCAGGUGGCGGCAGCUGUUUGUUCUUGCUGCUUUCUUUUUUCUCACAUGCUGCCAACCAUAAAAAAAGCGAGUCUUAUUGCUAUGAUAAAUAGAGCCAUUGCAGGUUUGGCUGGUAUUACUCCUACUUCUGGCUAUAUGACGGUACAUGGCGCCAUCGUUUGUGCUAUUUUUAUCGCCAUUUGCGCAAAUCUCUCUGUGUAUUUGAUUAAGCACAAAUUAUGGAUUGAUGAUGCGGUUGAUGUUUCCAGCAUUAAUGGGGCACCUGGAUUGGUUGGGGCUAUUUUUAUCGGCCUCGCCGGAUCCUCGGAGUUUAAUGGGGCGGACGGAUUGGUUUAUGGAGGGGGAGUGAAACUAUUUGGCUUGCAGUGCUUGGGCAAUAUCGUGGCUGCUGCAAUGGGCGGGUGUUUGGGUCCUUUUUAUUUUACUCAUCAUUGGCCGCUUUUGCCGAUUGCGAGUAUCAGACGAAGAGGAACGCGGCGGGCUAGAUCACGGACAACAAAGCGGGGUUGCAUGGUUGUCACAAGCCUCAUCAGUUGGGAGAAGCACAUUGCCGAUACGCCACCGAGAACAUGUUAG